AUGCCACAGUAGAGACACUAAUAGCAUCUAGCCCAGUCUUUGAUGCCACAUUUGGUCUCAGAGCAAACCCCGAUGACCCCAUGAGGAGACAAGGGGACCCUACAUCCAGGAUCGCUGACAGUGACACCUACACUGCUAACAGCUAUUAGAAAUGACUUGAUGCCUGAGGACACAGAAUGUUAUACUAUACGUAUAUUCCCUGUUGAUGUUCCUGGUCGCCGUGAGCUGUUUACGUGCAAUGAAGAUGGAGCAGGUGCAGACAAUUAUUUCUGUGAACACACCAUCUGCAUAGAAGAUGAUGAUGAGCCAUUUGUUGUGGCAUUUGUGAAGACAACAUACACUGUUGAUGAGAGUGUGGGUGCAGUGAAUGUGUGCGUCAAUCUCACACAACCAGCAAAUUGACAUUCUUGAACACACUGUCAAUGUGUUUGUCAUUGAUUACUACAGUUCAGUUUACAUCCCAGCUGGUGCUCCACUAGCAACCCCUGAUAUACCUGACUUUCUCAGUCGGUAUCACAUGAUCGAAGGCUCAGACUAUGUCCCAGCAGACUAGUGCUGUCAAUGCCAUUGAUGAUACCUUGAUAAGUGAAAUACGGAGGAUAGUGUGUUAUAAUCAGACAAUUUAUGAUGACCAGCGUGUGGAGUUGGAUGAGUAUGCAGGUCUCACCCUUGGAAUUAAAGAUAAUCGAUUGACAACAGUUAAAACACGAGUAAAGCCAGAAUAUGACCAGGCUGCAAUCUUACUUAUAGACAAUGACAGAGCAGAUUUAGGCUAGAGUUAACAUCUGUUACUGUCUCAGAGAGUGCUGGCAGUGUGGAGCUCUGUGUUGCUGUAUUCAGUCCCACCAUACAAUGUCCAAUACAGUUUCCCUUUGCUAUCUUUCUCACAGUGUCCAAUAGGAGUACAGCUGGCCAAACUGAUUACAGUAAUUCUACUGAGAUAUCAUUUGAAGCCUGUGAGACACGAAAGUGUGUUGAUGUGGAUUAUUCAAUCAAUGAAGGCGAUGAGACACUUUAUAUGACCCUCGCUAUGAUGCCAUACCUAAACAAUAAAAUUGGACUUCAUCCUCGAGCUGCAGAACUCAAGAUAAACAACCCCCUACAAGUGGAAAUAGACUCAUCAUAUUCAGGUGUGGCGGGGGCUGGAAAUCCCACUCUCACCUGCACUGUUUCUGUAACGGAAGCAGAGAGAGCAACAGUUAUUUUCCCAUCUGCUCUCUGGCUGAGAUAUUCCACUCUUUCAGUCAUCCCAGAAGAUGAUAGCUCUGUUUUUACUACGACAACUAGAAAUGCUACAACUGCUACCACCAUUAUCUCCUUCUCUUUACUUUACACCUCCCAUGCUGGACCGUACACUUGUCGAGUUAGUGCAUUGAAUGCUGAUCCCUCCUAUUCAUCUCCAAUCACUCUCACUGUCAAAUUGCCCACCCCAACUGUAAACCUAAGUCAAGAUGCGAGUGGUUUACUCUAUGAAGGAAGUGCUGUGACGUUGACCUGCACUGCCACCCUACCUCCUUCAGUAGACACUGAUGUGAAUGUUACUGUACAGUGGACACUAGCUAUCUCCAGUGACAGAGUCUCCAUAUCCCCACCCUCUAGUUCAAGAUCUCCAUUUACCUCAACACUGACUAUCAGUCCACUGGCCAUUGCUGAUACCGGCCAGUACUACUGUGAGGUCACUGUCCACUCAUCAUCUCAAUACAUUGUAGCCAGUGAUCCUGGAAUAAGUUCACUGCUUACUCUGAUGGUUGAAACUGUGGAGCAAAACCUGAAUAACACUGGUAAAAUCCUUUUACUGUGACCUUCAUCAUAACCUAUACUUUAGCUUUCCACUUUGAGCUAAUCCUGGGACUGGUUCUAAAUAAUUAUUUCAACUAACACACAUGUCUCGUA